AGGGCUGAAGUCAUCAGCCGGCCGGCAGGAGGGGAGUGAAUGGGUCCUGCACGCAAAGCAGAAAAGCGCUGAAACUGCGGAGAUUUACUUUGGUACAGUUGCCUGCUGCCGACAGCGAGCGACAGGAGGUGUGCAUGCUUUACAGCCAACAAGAGCUACGAAACCUUCAACUUACAGAUUUUUCUUUUAUAAUUAGUGUCGGUCCUGUGGUGGCUUUUUACUUUUGUGCUUUAGCUGAUGCUGAGAUGAAGCCGAGACCCUUAGCGCGCCUGGCACAUUAGGGUAUCCACUCACACCGGGACGCACGGCGCAUCUCCACUGAGACAGACGUGGAGAGGAGGAGAAAGGUCAAUUUGGAGUUCUGCACAUGGAUAUGAUGUCUCAAACUUUCUGAGAGUCACGCUAAACAUAAAAAAAAUGUUCUAUUCAUCUUUCUGACUUACACUAAUGAUUGAAUUUGCUUUCCUCCUGCGCGCACCGGAUGAGAAUCGAGCUUUUUGGCGUGUUUGUUUUUCGUUUUUUGGAAGAGAUGUUCUUUAUCACAGCACGGAUAACGGAUCCCUGACUCAGUCUGGCUUUCUUGGCACAUAUGAAGAUCCUAUCCAGGAUGUUACAGUCUAAGCGGCCCAGGCAUCAUUGGGCCACCGUGCACUACCAUCACCACAUAUCACCACAUAGCUGGGGGUCCUGUUGUGUCUAGGAAUUACCUACCCUCCACACUCUGCCUCCGUCUGGGGGGAAGAAAACGGAAUCUUAUCCAAUAAGUGACUUGGUGAACAUUGACAUUGGCUUUACGAGUCUCAUCUCUGGGCUACUAUGCAAUUACAACUGAUCUCCUUUGUUUGGAUCAUCUUGCACUGCAUGGAUUACACUGGUUGUCAGCAGCACAGCAGCUCCAGGCACCGGCAACAUAAACAGAUCUCUGGUGUGAGCUCAGGGUGCCAGCAGGGUGGCUGUCUGACCUGCUCUGACUACAAUGGCUGCCUGUCCUGCAAGCCACGCUUCUUCAUGCAUUUGGAGAGGAUUGGGAUGAAGCAGAUCGGGGUGUGCAUGACUUCCUGUCCUCCGGGCUUUUAUGGCACACGCUCCCCAGAAAGAAACACCUGCACAAAGUGCAGGUCGGAGUGCGACUCCUGCUUCAACAAGAACUUCUGCACACGCUGCCGAGCAGGAUUCUACCUUCACCUGGGCAAAUGCCAGGAGAACUGUCCUGAAGGGCUGGUCCGCAGCGACACGCAGAGGGAGUGUGUUCCCAGGUGCCCCGCAGAGUGUGAGUAGUGUGUGAACGGUGAAACAUGUUCGCGGUGCCGGCCAGGCCUGUACCAGCUCAGCGGGAGGUGCCACCAUGUCUGUCCAGACAACUAUGAGCCCAAUGACAAACUCAUGGAGUGCACACCACAAGUGCACUGCGAGGUGGGUGAGUGGAGCGAGUGGAGCCCCUGCUCCAGGUCCGGUAGAACCUGUGGGUUCAAGCGGGGGCAGGAGACCCGCACACGGCAGGUCCUCCAGUACCCAUCACCCUUUGGCAAUCCCUGCCCUGAGAUCUCAGAAAUCAAAGAGUGCCUGGUCAAGAGGAGGAAAUGUCCAGAGAAGGGAGGUGAAUUGAAGAAAGAAAGAAAGAAAGAAAGAAAGAAAGAAAGAAAGGUAAAGCAACAGAAAGCUGUGUGUACACACACUCACACACUACCCCUGCUUGUGAUUACCCUGUUGCCCUCCCUCCAAGAGCAUCCGCAGUGAAUGAGAGCUAAUUAUCUGCUUCGGCGCGUCAUCUCCUCGGUGUUUACGUUCUGCACACGCUAGGGGGUCAGUGGUCCGACCUCAGAGAGCCCCCGGUAAUCCUCCAGCAGCCCUCAGACACUGAUACAUCCUCCUCCUCCUUUUCCUUUCCUCCUCUUUUGC